GUGGAGGACAUGUGGGUGUUAGCACUUCAAUAAACAAACGUGUCAACUCCUUUCUUAGUUUAUUAACAAGCAGAAAGUGAAGAAACAAACACGUUCUCUCUGACUGCAGAGGACAGAGGGACAGAGGAGGACCAGGGGAGGACAGGGGAGGACAGAGGAGGACCAGGGGAGGACCAGGGGAGGACAGGGGAGGACAGAGGAGGACAGAGGGAGAGAGGCGUCAGGGAACAGGAAGGAGGUUGACGUGUUUCCGCAGCUCACACCGGGGAAAGUUGUUUCCUGAAGCGGACACAGUUCGGACCGUUUCCACGCUAAAGUCCCGCUGUUCGUCCAGAAACCAUCAAAAUGUCCGGGGCAGCUCCGUGGGACCGUCGGUCCGUCUGUGUCUAACCUGUCGGCGGGUGAAUGGAGGAGCUGUCAGGGGAGACGAUGAACACCGGAGACUCAGAGGCGAGCCUGCAGGCCCAGCUAGCCGAGUGCCGAGCUCAGGCCGAACACUGGCAGGGAGUGGCGACGAUCUGCGAGCUGAGCAAACAGGAGGAACUGGCAGAGCUGCAGAAACAAUGUGAUCAAGAGAUCCAGUCGCUGCAGGAGGCUCUCAGAGAGACAGCAGCGCAGUAUGAGGCCAGGAUAGCGGUUCUCCAGUCUCAGCCUGUGGAGUGGAGGAGAUCCAGUGUACAGAGCAUGAUGAGUGGAAGGAGAAGCAGGAUGGACGCUGAAGUCUCCAGUAGCGAAUCUUCGACAUCGAACACCAGCAGGAUGACAGAGGCUGAGGCGAUGGCAUCGAUAGAGAGGACUCGCGGCCAGCCGGCAGAGCUUGAAGCCGCCGCGGACGGCGAAGGGGCUCAGCUUACGGCAGAGGGUUAUUUUUCACUGCGGCACUGCGACUCGGCCUCGUUGUCCUCCUUCUCCUUAGACACGCCCUCCCUGCCCAGGAAACUCCACGCUCAGGAAGACACGGACUCACUGGUGUCCACAGGAACUUUGGUGCCCGAGGCCAUUUACUUGCCACCUGCUGGACACCGACUGGUCACACACGGCGACUGGGAUGCACUCAAUGCUCAGGUUUCAGAGCUGCGAGGGGAGGUGAGCCGGCUGGAGGCGGAGAAGGAGGAGCUGGAGAAAGAACUGGACACGCAGACCAACCACACACACAAACAGGUGUCAAUGCUCCAGUCUCAGGUGCAGACUUCAGAGGCCCUCCUCCUGGAUUUGCAGAAAUCUUUUAGCCAAUCACAGAAUGCAGUCCAGAGCCGGCUGGCGGAGUUGUCUUUUUCUCAGAGGAAGAUGUGCAACGAGCUGUCCAGACUGAAAGGAGACGAGGUUGAGGAUGAGGUGGCAGACCCUUCACUCCAAGCAACACUACAGGGGGCGCACUGUGAGGAGCGUCUUCGCAUUGAGAUAGUGAACUUGAGGGAGCAGCUGGACACUCGGACAGAGGAGAACGAGGUUUUAGAAGUGCAGCUGUCCAGUCUGAAGACGGAGACAGAGAGGAUUCAGGCUCAGAGGGACCAGCUGCAGGCUGAACUGGCGGCCUGCCGCAAUGAACUGGACGCCCUACGGGUGGCGCUCUCUCAUGUACAGAGCACCAACAAGGCUCUCGGCAAAGAUAAAGCGGCUCUGCACCAACAGUGUCUGGAGCUGCGAAGUCAAGCGAUCAGCCUGCGCUCACAGGUCGACACCAUCCAGACUGUGCAGAGGGACUUUGUCCAGCUCUCCCAGUCGCUGCAGGUGAAGCUUGAGGUAAUUCGACAGGCGGAGAGUCUGGAACAAGUCAAGGAAAUCCUGGAAGAGGGCGUCAGUGAAGCCGGCUCCUCGCCUGCAGACGCCUCGUGAGUUUUUCUGAAAGACACACCGGAACCACUGGAACCAAAGACCACGGACCAAGAUGAAGUAUCUCUACAGUGACCAAUAAUAUUCAACUAACCACAGCCACAUGAAACAGACAGUGUGGUAGGGUGGGCGCUGGAGUCAUCCCAGUCGCUGCUGCUGCUAGCACAGUAUUAUGACACUGGAGAUUCUCCUGAACAGAGACAUGAUGUUUCUUUUUGUUUCAGACACAAUGGUUUUGUGUCAGUGACUCAAACUGUUGCUUAGUGACCAAAGUGAUCUGUGGUGAAUUCUGCAGUGACGCUGUUCAUUUAUCUCACACAUUCUAUUUUCCCUACAACUAGUGACAUGUUUCUUUCUGUACUAAAACACAUGUAAAUAUUCUCUGUUUAUAAAACUGACUUCAGCUAAACACUCAACAGUUCAACACUGAACUUAUUAAUAUGCAAACAACACGAGCAUUUUCAUAUGCAAACAAGUUUUCUCUGGACCUUUUGUAGAGAGACGAUGAGGACCUAUACAAUUACAUUUAUUCAAUAAUAAAUUCAAAAUAUACUCAUCUAAGUUAACUGCAUUUCAGAUAUGAUUUUUUUUUUUUUUAAUAUCUGAGUUUGUUGUCUUUUAAGCUUAGUAUUGUUAUAUAUUUCAGUUCUGUAGUAAAGCCACAUUUAUCAUUUAGACUUCAAACUGAGAAUGAGAAAAUAUGUAAAAAUCAAAUAAGAAAUGUGAAUGUUAACAUAUUGCCAUUUUUUUAUUAAUACCGAAAACUAACGACAGGUUUCCACUGCACACAGGGUCAUCUAAUUUAGAAACAGGAUUAUUGGAAGACUAAUAUGCAUAUUUGUUCAAAUGGAUAUUUUAAUAAACUAGGAUUGAUUAUA